UGUCGGAGAAAGGAUUUCUGCAGCUCAGAAAGACAUAGAGACGGCAUUUCUGUACAAAUUCUGACAACACCACACAACAAAAAAUAAUAAUAAUAACUAAAGACAUACAUUAAGAUGCCCUCAUAAUUUUAUUACUGAUUUCUAUUUAGGACGCAACACUGAAAUGAUCAUUAAGAGGAAUUUAAAAUUAAUGAUACCCUGGACUGUGGUACUGUUUUACCUGUUGCUCUUGUUGCAAGGUUUUAGCUGUCAGUCUUCAAGUCUACAAAGUAGAAUACAAAGGAAGAGGUUUAAUGCAUUUCGACAGAAACGAGAUCUCUUCGCAGAAGAGACGUACAGACCGAUGCUUUCUGAAACUGCCUUGCCAAGGAGUGUUAUUCACUACCGGUCUUACACCCGCGACGCUGACACCCCUACAGCAUCCUGCAAUUGUCUUAAUGGGGGCUGGUGCACAGAGGGCGGUCUCUGCGACUGCAAUGAGUUACAGGCUCAUGGAGACCGAUGUCAGAUCAUCCCUAACAUGGGACAGGACCGGGAUGGAAUCUGUAGAUCCUGGGGACAGCAUCACUAUGAAUCAUUUGAUGGCAUCUACUAUUACUUCCCGGGAACGUGUUCCUACAUCCUUGCCAAAGACUGCCACGCAACAGAACCACAGUACACAAUCUGGGUUCAUAACAGCCGUGACUGCGAAGGCUCAGUGUACUCCUGUCACAGAUCUUUGAGUCUGUUUUUCCCCAAUGAAGCUGAGAUCCAUGUUAUUGGCCAUGAAGUCAAGAAGGGUAACAUAAGACUGACUCUGCCCCUGACCAUUGGAAAUAUAUUCAUGGAGCGGCUGGCGGAUUACAUCCUGGUUAAGAGCACCUUUGGGUUUUCCCUGGCCUGGGACGGGAGCUCUGGUGUUUACAUCAAAAUGACCGAGGAACACAAAGGGAGGCCUUGUGGACUCUGUGGAAACUACAAUGACGAUGGAGCAGAUGACCUCACCACCAGCUACAAUGUGCAGACAGAGGAUACUGCCCAUUUUGGAAACAGCUGGGUGGUACAGCUGCCCUCCGAAGCACCGUGCCACCCCCUGGAGGAGGAUUUCCCUGGACCUUGCUCAAGCGAAUCUGCCAUGGAAGACGCGUUGGAGAAGUGCACUGCUAUCUUGUUCUUCCCUUUUGUCUCCUGUCAUGAGAACAUUGAUCCUAACCCAUAUGUUGCCAGCUGUGCCAGUGAUCUAUGUGUAUCAGAGGAUGACGACACAUUCUGCCGAGCGGUAACCGAGUACACCAGGGCCUGUUCCCACGCAGGCUACCCUGUGCGGGAGUGGAGAGAGAGCUUCCCUGCUUGCACUGACGGGUGCGACAACAGCUUUGUCCACCGGGAUUGUAUCAGCUGCUGUCCCCCAACCUGCACCUUUGAGAGGGAAUGCCUGGGGAGCAAUCUGCACUGUCUGGAUGGCUGCUACUGCCCUGAUGGACUGAUUAUGGAGAAUGGGAGCUGCAUCUCGGUGGAAAACUGUCCCUGUGUGUACCACGGGACGUCCUACCCUUUGGGCUACGUACUGGAGCAGGGCUGCAGUGUCUGCAUUUGCAGUGGUGGACUAUGGAACUGCACAGAAAAUAACUGCACAGCAGAGUGCUCGGUCACGGGACACACACACAUCACCUCCUUCGACGGUCGCAUAUUCAUGCUCAUCGGUACCUGCCAGUACGUUCUGGUGAAGAGCUGGAGAACCACCAGAUUCACACUGACGUUACAGAACAUGCCCUGCGGCGAGAGUCUGGAGCACUCUUGUAUCCAGUCGAUAACGCUGGUGGUGGAUGAGGAUGUGAGCCGGCAGGUGACCCUCACUAAAGACGGGGAGGUGCUGAUUGGAGUUAACCAGGCAGCCAGCCUCCCCUACUCCGAUGGUGAUGUUGUAGUUUCCAAGGUGACCUCCUUGUUCACGCAGCUGAAGACCAGCUUUGGUUUGCGGGUCCAGUUUGAUAGAGGAGGAGGCAGGCUGUACGUGCAGGUCGAGAGCAGCUGGGAAGGUGGAAUCGUGGGUCUCUGUGGCACCUUCAACGGAAAUUUAAGAGAUGAUUUUCUAUCUCCAUCAGGCAUGAUUGAGGGCACUCCCCAGCUUCAUGCCAAUGCAUGGAAGGUGUCAGCAGCUUGCACAAGCCCUGUGAACAUCCCCAUCAUAGAUCCCUGUGAGAUGAACCAGCAAAACGUUUUUUAUGCAUCACAGUGUGACGUCAUCAAUGAAGGCCUGUUCUCCCCCUGCCAUUCCUAUGUGAGCCCCAGUGUCUAUUUCCAGCAGUGCCGCUAUCAAGCCUGCAAAUGUGGGAGCAACUGCCUGUGCACUGCGCUAGCACACUAUGCAUACAUCUGCGCCAAACACAAGGUCUUUGUGAAUUUCAGGGCCCACGUCUCGGAAUGUGGAAUGGUUUGCCUCGGAGGGAUGAUGUACCACUCCUGCACCAGCACAUGCGGGAAGACCUGCCUGUCCCUCUCUAACAAUGAGGCCUGUGACGAUGACUGCGCUGAGGGCUGUAACUGUGCUGAGGGGCUGUACUACGAUGAGGCCCGACAGCGCUGUGUCGCAGAGUCUCAGUGCCACUGCUAUUUCAUGGGGGCUGUAUACCAGUCUGGUGAAGUCUCCUUCAGUGCAUCAGGCCCCUGCCUCUGUAGAAAUGGACGGAUGGAAUGUGCUCCCGAGGAACCAGAGCCUGAUCCAGGGGAGUGCCCCCCUGGGAAGACUUACUUUAACUGCCGAGACCACCAGCCUGGCCAGCCCCGCACUGGCAUUGCCUGUGAAGUAACCUGCCGCAACCUGAUGCUGAACCUGACCUGCCCACCUGCCACCCCCUGUGUGCGCGGGUGUGGCUGCCCAGCAGGGCUGGUGAGGCACAAGCAGGAGUGCUAUUUCCCAGAAAGCUGUCCCUGUGCCUGGCUGGCUCUGGAGUAUUUACCAGGAGAGGUGGUGUCCACACCUUGUUAUAAAUGUGUCUGCCACAGAGGGUUUUUCAACUGUACCCACUACCCCUGCCCGUCUGUGUGCACUGUUUACAGUGAUCGGCAUUAUCAUACCUUUGACGGACUGGAAUAUGACUAUGUCAGCGACUGUCAAGUCUACUUAGUAAAGAGUAUCAGUGGAACAGAAGUCUCCAUUACAGCUCAGAAUAAGGACUGUUAUGAGAGUGGAAUUAUUUGUAUGAAAUACCUUGUGAUCUUCGUUGGACUUACCAAAAUCUAUUUCAUCGACAAUUCUGGAGACCCGAGUUCAUCAAGUGUAAUUGGAAAGGGGUAUGAGUUUCAGCUCUGGAAAGCUGGCUAUUACACAGUCGUACACUUUCCAAAGCAAGAGAUCACUAUCCUGUGGGACAAGAAGACAACAGUGCACAUUCAAGCUGGGCCUGAGUGGAAGGGUCUGCUUACAGGGAUGUGUGGUAAUUUUGAUAAAAACACAGUAAACGAUAUGACCACAGCCAGUAACAUGGAGGUGAGCAAUGCUCAAGCCCUUGGAGACAGCUGGGCCCUUGGACAGUGUGAAAGUGACUAUGUGGUUAAGAGGCCGUGUGAAGGUGACCUGAUCCGGCAGCCAUAUGCUAAGAGAGAAUGUGCUAUUUUAUACAGCGAUGCCUUCGCCUCCUGUCACAAUGUGGUUGACGUGACUUGGUUUUACAAGAACUGUCUCACAGACACCUGCAAUUGCAACCGUGGUGGGGACUGUGAGUGCCUGUGUACCAGCAUUGCUGCUUACGCUCACAAAUGCUGCCAGCAGGGGGUAGCAGUUAAUUGGAGAUCUCCUACCGUCUGCUCCUAUGACUGUGAAUACUACAAUCGAGAACUUGGUGACGGACCCUAUAUAGUGUAUAAUUCUGCGUACAAUGACACUGUCUUCGGGGCCAACCUGACCAGUGGGGAAGUUUUUCCCUUGCCCAAAAUCAGUGCUGAGGGGAAGGUGCUGUUUAACUUCAUGAUAAUUGCAGGCCUUUACAAGGACAGAUACUCACGGCUGCCAGUUAUCUCCUUUGAAUCUGCGGAGAGACCCAACUACUUCCUGUGCGCCUCUGAGGACGGUUCUCUGCGUCUGGAGCAGUGGAGUGCCAGCGAGAAGUUCCGCAGGCAGGCCACCUACUUCCACCACCAGGGCCUGGGGAUGGCAGGCUACAGCUCCUUCGAGCUAUACAGCCAGAAGGGCUUUUUCAUCACUCUCACGAGGACUGCCGCCAGAGCCUUGGGGUACGACUACUCUGAGGAGUUCAAGCACAUCAGCAGUUUUACCAUUGAAGACAGCAGCACGGUUAUUCCAUACAGGAUGAUGUGUGAAUGGAGGUACCACAGCUGUGCAAGUCCUUGCGUCAAAACAUGCAGUGAUCCUGAUGCUAUAGAGUGUCAGUUUUUACCCCCGGUAGAAGGCUGCUUUCCUCACUGCCCUAAGAGCAUGAUUCUAGAUGAGGUGACACGAAGAUGCGUAUAUCCAGAGGACUGCAUUAUUCUACCACCUACACCAACUCCUUAUAUGUUUGUGACAAAGUCAAACAGAACUACAGCAGCACCCACAACAACAUCAGCCACUACUACUGCCUUUACGACCCCCACUGUAACCGAAACAGAGACCACCUCAACAGCAACAUCUACCACUGAGCACAGCACUGCUGCAACUACCAGAAGCUACGCUACUGUGAUGACAACCACAGCCUCGACCCUGGUUCCUCUGAGUCCGCUCACUCCAGUGGCCACCCUUUCCACGUCACCAUCAGUUUCCACUGUCCAGACGUCCACUGUAACUGAAAGCCCCACAACUCCUCCCUUCCUAACCACCAGUCGGAUCACUAGUGCUCUGUCAACCCUCAGUUCAGAAGACACUAGGAUGACAUCAACAAUGACCAUCACAAGCCAACCUGAAGUGUUGACCACAGAAGUGGGGACAACUACCCAGGCUCCAUUGUCUACUGUCACAAGUGAAGUGCCUCCCACCUCUAGAGCUACAACCACAUCAGAAGGGACAGUAUACACAUCUGUGAGUAUCUUCUCAACCAAAGGCCCGUCAACUUUACAGCCAACCACCGUUACAGAGCCUUUUACAACUACAGCUUUGGUGACGGCAGCCACAAGUGUUUCCUCUCCAACACCUUACAGCAUGUCCAGUGCCGUGACAGAAACCACACCUGUAACAACAGGAGCCACCACAGCUGCAACAACCGAAUUACCAUCAUCAUCCACAGAGCUGAAGACUACUCUUUCCACUGUGUCAGAAUCCCAGCAAACUACAACAGUGCAGACAGCAGACUCAGGGCGUACUUCACAGUCUCUGCCUGACACAACAGCGUUCAUGACUACAACUGAAGUGUCAACUCCGGCCUUGACUUCCACUACGGUUGUGCCAGUUCCCCCAUUCCCACUCACAAGUGAAGUGACACACACAUCCUUGUUCACUUCAGUGCCCUCUACUGUUACAGAAACGACACCUCCAGGGCUAUUCACAGGCCCUAUCACAACAGCCCUUUCUACAACCGAAACCCCCAUAGAGGUGGAGAGAUCUACGCAAAUGGUCACAACUGCUACACCCCCAUCUACCAAUACCACUUUAACUGACCAUGCCACCUACAGCACAGUGAUACCUUCAAUACUACAGCCAACGUCAAUAUGCACACCCCCAUAUUCCUACCGAGUGGAUGAAUGCAGUGAAUAUAUCUGCUUUAACGGUCACUUGAUGUUCCACAAUGCCUCUUUGCAAUGUCAGAAUAACGUUUCUCAGCCUAACUGUGGGAUCCUGGGAAUGCCAAUUCAGAUUAACAAAGACAACUGCUGCCCACAAUGGGAAUGCCCAUGUCGUUGUUCCAUCAUUUCUGAUCUGCGUGUCAUCACGUUUGAUGGCAAUAACGUUGCACUUUACGAUAACGGCUCCUACAUUCUGGUUCACCUGCCGAGAGAAAACAUUGUGGCUCACAUUGAGAAAUGUCCAACAAGCGAGAGUGUAAACUCCAUAAGACGUCCCACUCCAACAGGUGGAACAUCUGGGCUGUGUUUUAAAAAGCUGAAUAUAACAACACAUUCAUACAAGGUUCUCAUCAAUCGACUGGAAAGGAAGGUGUCUGUGAACUUCAUUAAUGCUCGCCUGCCAUUCACGAGGCAGAGUCUGCAUAUAGAUGACACUGGCACCAUGUAUGUAAUCAACACCCCAGGGGGAGUGAGCAUCCAGUGGUACCACAGUACUGGCAUCAUAGUGCUUCAGUACAGCCCUCCAUACAACACAACCAGCGGGACUCAGGGCCUUUGUGGCUGCUGUGAUGGAAACCCUGAGGACGAUCUGAAGCUUCCCAAUGGGACUGUCAUUAAAAACGUGGAGGACAUCCCUGUCUUCCUGUACAGCUGGAUGGUGCACACGUCAGAAGAGACCGACUACUUCAGGAGGGUGGGAGACAACUGCACCACGGGCAACUGCACAAAAUGCUUCCAGAUGCUGAACCAAAAUCCUUUCACUGUGUGCCAUGACAAAGUUUCACCAGAGCAAUUCUGUGAUAAGAUCUGGGCUGGAGAUCUUCACUACAAGAACCAUGAAUGUGAUUUUCUUGCUGCCUACGUGGCGAUCUGCUACACUCACAACAUCUGCACCAACUGGAGGACGCCGGAGUUUUGUCCACUGAAGUGUCCCCCGGGAAAGGAAUACCAGGCUUGUGUGAGCACCUGCAAAACAAAGACCUGUCAGAACAGAGAGUACUACGAGGAAUCCACGUGUUCCUACAUCAGGGAGGAGUGUGUGUGCAAAAGCGGGACCAUCCUACACCGAGCUGACUCUGCAUUCUGUGUCACAGAGGAGCAGUGCGUUUGCACCGACAAUGAAGGCGGGCCCCGGGCCCCCGGGGAGGUUUGGAAGGGCUCCAGUAAGGGCUGCUGCAUGUACAAGUGCAUGGAGAAUGGCAGCAUCAUUGCAGUGGAGCCAGAGUGCAGCGAGGUGCCGUCCCCUAUCUGUGAACGGGAGGGGGAGUAUGUCAUUGAUGUAAUUGAAGAGGGGGCUUGCUGUCCAAAGAAGAUCUGUGAGUGUAAUUUAACCAUAUGUGACAAUGAGGUUCCUGCUUGCGAAAAUGGGAAUAAACUUAUGAUUGGCUACAGCACCAUAUCCUGCUGUCCCGAUUAUAGAUGCGAAUGCGACUCUCUGGCCUGUCCCACUGCUACACCCCCUGAAUGCAGAGAGGACCAGUUCCUGGUAGAAGUCAGAGAGGAUAAGUCAUGUUGCUAUUCCUAUCUGUGUGUCUGUGAGUCCUGUAUCGACCCCAUCCCUUUGUGCAGUGAAGGAGAGAUUCUCGCAGUUGAUCUCAAUACAACUCAUCGCUGCUGCCCACAAUACCAGUGUGUCUGCGAUGUGAACCUGUGCCCUGUAGCUCAUGCGGAUUGCACACCUGGCACAGUUCUGGUGAAGAAGAGCAUUGCUGGACAGUGCUGUCCGGAAUGGGAAUGUGAGUGCAGCUGCCAAAAUAAUUCUGUCCCAUUUUGUCAGGUGGGAGAGACCCACGUGGAGGACCCCGACUUCUCCAGUGCCUGCGGCUGCACUCGUUACUUUUGCAAGAAAACCGACGUGUGCCUGUUUCAAGGAGUGACUGUGCUGAGCCCUGGCCAGUCCAUGAUCCAGUACUUCGAGAGGGAUCUCUGUUACAUGGUGCACUGCUUGCUGGAGAUGGACCCUGGCUCAGGCUUCCAUGCUAUGGACGUGGCCACUGUCAACUGCUCAGAAAAAUGUGGCGCUCAUCAAGUCUACGUUCCAUCUUCGGACCCCCAUAUUUGCUGUGGUUCGUGCAAGAAUGUGUCAUGCACUUUCACAAAUGAAAAUGGGACCAUUGACUUAUACAGGGCGGGGAGUACAUGGGUGUCUAACUGCACUAGAUUUGAUUGUGUGGAGUCAGCUGUCGGGGCUGUGGUACUUGGCUCUGGAGUUGUCUGCCCCCCUUUUAACGACACUGAAUGUGUGCAGAAUGGAGGGACUGUGCAGAGCUACAUCGACGGGUGCUGCAAGACGUGUUCUGGAUUGGGUAUAUUACCAUUUACCAUUAGCCCAGUAGCCCCUACUGGUAGUACUAAUUGUGACACAGGCAAGGACGAUGGAAGAACAUGCAAGAAAGUGACAAUCAGGACGACAAUCAGAAAGGACGACUGCAGGAGCAGCACGCCGGUGACGGUGACCUCCUGUGAUGGGAAAUGCCCAUCGGCCACCAUUUUUAACUUCAACAUUAAUAGCCAUGCCAGAUUCUGCAAGUGCUGUAGAGAAAGCGGUCUGGAGACUCGCACAGUGCAGCUGUACUGCAGUAGAAAUAGCACUUUGGUUGACUAUGUUUUCCAGGAGCCAACAGACUGUACUUGUCAGUGGAAUUAGAUGCCAAUGAUGUUGAUUGCAAUUGUUUUCUCAAAGGCAGGGAGUCUUUGCGUUGCUCCAGCACUUACUUCUGAUCAGAUGUUAUUUUACCAGGCUUUAAGAACCUACAUGUUACUAAUUACCAAGUUAGGAUUGUGAAUAAGCUUCAAUAUCCACACUGCCUGUCACUAAGUCAUGAGGAUUUAAUAUUUUCAAUUAUUAUUAUUAUUAUUAUUAUUAUUAUUAUUAUUAUUAUUAUUAUUAUUAUAUUGCAGAUGCCAAAGUGACAUUUUACAACAAUGUUUAGAUCAAUAUUUUAGAGAAUCAUUGAAGGUAUUUGAAAUGACUUGUACAACAUCUGAUCCUCUGUUCUCCCUGUAAUCCUGAAUAUAAUGAUAUUAUGUAGUACUUACUUAUCAGCAACAAUGCGGCAAGGACCAUUUUAUUGGUACCUCAUUGGUUUUCUCAA